AUGCGUGGUGGGAUCAUGAUGAUUUUUGAGGAUUUCGUGAAAGAGAGCUGGGUUGAGAUUUGUUCGCAUUCCUCUAAUAUCAUCCAGAGAUUAAAAGAAUUUAGGCAUUGUAUUAAGGGAUGGAACUUUGAUGUGUUCGGAGAUUCGGGCUUGACUUCGAUUGCUGAGGAACAUGAGUUUUCAAAGCUCAAAUUAGAGUCAUGUAAAGUAGAGAAGAUAUUAGAAUCUCAUUGGGUUCAGAAAUCUAGAAUUAAAUGGAGUGUUGCAGGAGAUAAGAACACUAAAUGUUUCCACAGUAUGGCAUCCAUCCACUACGGGAAUAAACAUAUUUCUUCGAUUCCAGUGGAUGAUUCCACCUUCUCUAAACCCAAAGACAUCAGAUUUCAUGUCAGAGAGUUCUAUGCAAAGUUGCACAAAAGAGGAGAUAGUUGCCAUUUUGAAAUUUUGCGGUUGAGUUUUGGGCGUCCAGUGGAGGGAGCUUCUUUCCUGGAUGCUUUUGUGGAGUUUUUUGCUGAUUUUUUUAGUUUUAAUAUCCCUCCCACGGUUAUUAAUACUUCAUUUAUGGUGUUGGUUCCUAAAGUUGCAGGAUCUUCUAAUAUUAAAGAUUAUCGGAUGAUCAGUCUAGAUAAUGGGUUCUUUAAACUGCUCUCGAUAACACUUUCAAGAAGAUUAGCAUCGCUUCUCCCAAAUGUAAGGUCGGAGAAUCAACAUGAUUUCUUGAAAGGUAGAAGUAUCCAAGAGUGUUCUAUGAUCACUAAUGAGUUUGUCCACUUAGCGUCACUGAGAAAGGAGAAACUUCUUGAUCUGAAGCUUGAAUUUCAAAAGGCUUUUGACAUUAAUGGCAGCUCAGCGGAUCCUAUUAGUCUUCAUAGAGGGGUGAGGCAAGGAGACCCGAUUUCUCCUUACCUUUUUAUUAUUGCAGUUGAGGGGUUAAGGAGUCUUUUUAUCGUUCUAUGGAAUUGGGUUUUACUCUUUGCGGAUGACACCAUUUUAUAUAUUCCUUAUGACAUUUUGCGGCUUCAAAAUAUGACUCGUAUUCUUAGAUGCUUUGAGUUGAUGUCCGGGCUUACGAUUAAUUUCCAUAAGAGCUCCAUUAUAGGAAUCAAUGUAAGUGAACUUGAUAUUUUGUCAGCUGCGCAUGUAGUAGGUUGCCGAGUUGAAUCUUUUCCGAUUAAAUACUUGAGUCUUCCUUUAUCUAAUACAAGGCUCUUAGUCGGUUCUUGGGAUUAUAUGGAUUUCAUAAGUGGCGAAUUAGGUAUUUCUAAAUUUCAGGUUAGAAAUCAAAGUUUGUUACUUAAGUGGAUUUGGAAGCUUAGAACAAUGACUGGUAAUUCUUUGUCGUUUAAAGAUGUCUCUAAUUGUUCUAAGGUGGCCGAUUGGGAUUUUUUGUUGAAUGGUGAGGUGGGAAUUGGUAACUCUAUUUCUCUUUGUUCUGAUAAUUGGAUGGGCGUUGGUUUGGCUGCAGAUUUACUCCCUAGCCUUUUUCAUCUUUCUAAUCAAAAACGAGUAUCUAUUGAUGUCGUUUGGACAGAAGGAUGGCAAUGGAGACGGAGAUUGAGAAGUGGCGAAUUGUUGUUGUUUACGGAUUUAAAAGUUGCGUUUAGAGUUCUAAUUCCUCAAUUGGAUAGGCCGGAUGUUGUUUUAUUGAAAGAUAAAUUCGGUGUUUAUUCAUCCGCUUCUUUUUGCAAAUUGUUACCAGCGGGGUCAGUUUUGAAUAAAAAUAAUUUGGAGAGCUUUUCGGUUUAG